GGCACACACCAGGUGAAAACGUUUCACUUCAUUGUCACCAUCCAGCCAGAGUGAAUAAAAACAGCAUCAGUGUACUAAGCACAUAUUCAGUCAUGAUGGCUUUCAUUUGGCAUAGUGCAUUGCUUCUGAGCUUCUUUGCUGCCAUUUCAGUGUAUGCAGAUGUCAAGCUGGACUGUAGGCCUGAUUUUGUGUUGGCGGUGUGGACGGAAAGCAGACUUCAUGCUGAUACAUCGCUUUUCCGCUUGGGGACGUGUGUUCCUACCAGCAUCUCUGCUCGAGAAGCAACUUUCAGCGUUGAGUAUACAGACUGUAACUUCAGGACAAUGGUCACUGGAAACCAAGUCGUACACACCAAUGACUUGACUUAUCUGUCUCCUGGUUCUCAAACGCAAACCUUUGUUCAUCCUGUUGUUUGCACAUUUGACAGGCCAAAAGGCUGGACUCCACUCAGCUAUGAGCCGGUGUUCUCAACUUAUGGCCAAUCAGAUCUUAUGUUUCAUAUGGCACUUAUGAAUGAGGACUUCACUGGCCCAGCUGAAUCAACCCGUUUUGUACUUGGUUCAUUCAUUCCAAUCAUGGCUCGUGUGGAUGAAAAAACCCAUCAGCCAUUGCUCCUGCUGAUGGAGGAGUGCAUAGCAACCACUACACCAGACUCGCAGCCUGACCAUUUUUACAACAUUAUUGGCAAUAAAGGGUGCCUUUUGGACAGUAAGGUGUCUCGUUCCAAAUUUGAACCAAGGCAGGUCCCAUCAGAAGUCAAAUUAUCCCUUCAGGCAUUUAGAUUUGCUCUGGAAGAAGAGGUGUUCAUCCACUGUAAACUUGUGGCUUGGGAUCCAUCUGGUAUUGACAACACUAAGAAGGCGUGCAACUUUGUCAAAGGGCAUGGUUGGGAGCUGUUGGACAACCCCACUCAUAGCAAGUUAUGUGACUGUUGUGAAACUACCUGCAAAUCUAGGUGGUCAAGGAGUGUCACUUCAGGGAAACAUGGAAUCAUCCAGAAUGCAGUCCUUGGACCCCUGACGAUCACUGAAGAGGGAACGUCCUAUGAUUAGAAUAUCCCUGCAUAACUUUCCAACAGGAAUGAACCAGAUGAUUCAGUGGGAGGCUUUCACAAGCUGCUUGGGUGUCAAACUUUCUUUCCUGCAUUAUGUAUAUCAAUAAAAAUGGAGCAACUAUUUUGCUGGAAUGCUUCCCACAUGAUUUCUA